GGGCCAGCCGGCGUUGGGAGGCGGGGAAAAGCGACGCAAGCAGCCGCGACGCCAUUUGCUGCGGCUGAGCGUGGGCGCAGGCGGAUCUCGGAAGAACUCGGUCGCGAGACUCUCCCGCGCACGCGAGCCGGCCUCUCUUGCCUGCUUGGUACCGCGAGGUCCCACGCGUUGCCCCGGGGGCCCCUCGGAGGAGUCGCUGCUCCCGCCGCCGCAGCCAACCGCAGGAUAGGAGUCGGAAACGCCGGGAGGCUUCCGUCACCGCCAUGCCCAAGAAUAAAGGUAAAGGAGGUAAAAAUAGACGCAGAGGUAAGAAUGAGAAUGAAUCUGAAAAAAGAGAGCUGGUGUUCAAAGAAGACGGACAAGAGUAUGCUCAAGUAAUCAAAAUGUUGGGAAAUGGACGAUUAGAAGCGAUGUGUUUUGAUGGUGUAAAGAGGUUAUGUCACAUCAGAGGGAAAUUGAGAAAAAAGGUUUGGAUAAAUACUUCAGACAUUAUAUUGGUUGGUCUCCGAGACUACCAGGAUAAUAAAGCCGAUGUAAUUUUAAAAUACAAUGCAGAUGAAGCUAGGAGUCUGAAGGCAUAUGGCGAGCUUCCAGAGCAUGCUAAAAUCAAUGAAACUGAUACAUUUGGUCCUGGAGAUGAUGAUGAAAUUCAGUUUGAUGACAUUGGUGAUGAUGAUGAAGACAUCGAUGAUAUCUAAAUUGAAUUCAACAUUUUACAUUCCAAUUUCUCUGAGGAUUGUUCCAACAAUUUGGAUUUUGGCUGUGACCUGUUAAAGAAGAUUAAAAUUUCAUUAGCAUGAGUGCAAUUUGCUAAAGCAGACUGAUUUGUUUUUAAGGUAUUUCUUUAAAAACUGGUAAUGCUGAAUUCUCUUAAGUGAAAAGUUAAACCCCCUUUGUUCUUUUGAUGUAUUGGAGCUUAUGGGUAAAAGACCACAUCUACUAUUUUUAAAAAGAGGGGAGAAAUGCAUUACUGCCUUUCCUACUUUGACCCCUUCCCGUGAGUAAAUGAAUGUUCUGAAUUAACCAUUUGCCCUACACUCAUUAUGGAUUAUGAUUAAGCCCUAACUUUGACUAGCCUGUUGACUGUAUAUUCCAGUUACUUUGAUGUUCCCUUGAGAUUUUGAUACAGUUUAAAGGAGGCAGAACUCUGCAUUUGAAGUAAAAAUGAUUAGGUCUGUUUUUCAUAUUUAAGUAGCAUGUGGCUAUUUUUGUACUAAUUUUGAUAUCAUGUACAUUCUUUUCAUGAUCUUGUUUUGCCACUGUAAAUGUAUCAGCAAAAAAGCAUUUCCAAAAUGCAGGUUUUAGAACCUGGGUUUUAAUAGCAAUUUUUAAUUUGUAAGGUUAGUAGUUACAGGAAUUGAACAGUAGGCGGCACCCAGUCAUCUUAACAUUGAAACGUUGCUAUAUAUAGUUGGCAGUUUUUUUCCUUACUAUGCAUAGGAAAUUUCCCAAACAAGAAAAGAUUGUUUUGAUCAUAUGCAUGUAUGUAGAAUAUUUUUAAAGAACAAAAAUAUUGUUAAAGUGUCAUUUUAUUUCAGAAGUCAUAUACCUAUAAGCUACAAUUUUGAGUGCUUUAUAAACACCUGAAUUAUGUAUAAAUGAAAAUUUAAUUUCCUAACAACUGUACAAAUUAAGCCUUUUUCAAACUAUCCCUAAGCUGGGAAAAGAGGAGGGGAAUAACCAUUUACUGAAAAGAUGGUUUCUCAUUUUAAAUGGGAGAGCUACAGCUGAGAAAUAUAAUAAAGACAAUGUCAUCUGCAGAGUAUAUUAUACCCUUACUUGGUGUUUAGGAUGUAUUUUAUUGUGUGUAAAGAUUUGUUUUGCUUGUAUUUUAUUGGGAAUUUGGAUUUUCCCUUACUUAGUUUUGUUUUCAAUUCUACAAAGAUGAAAUUAAUGGCUGGGCUAUUUAGACCUCACUAGCCACAUUGAAACCUUAUGCAACUUUAAAAGAAGAGGUCCAUCAUUAAGGUAAUGAAGCUUCUACUCUACCGGUCUCCAGAGGUGUUUUCAAUGAUGAAAAGUACUACAAAGGGAAAUAAUUACCUUCAUGUGGCUUCAAAAAAUAAGCAAAUCUUCUCUAAUCUCAUGCUUAUUCCUAAGUGUGCAAACUCUGGAAUCAGAAUCUGAGGUACUAUAAAACAUUAUUAAGUCAAAGAAUAGAAAUGAGUAGACAUUUGGAAUUCAUGUUUCUUAUUCUCUGGAGUUCUGAACACUUAACCUAGAGGGAAUGCAUCCGAGACCAUGAGCUGGUUUUUUUAAGACUUGUAAGAAACUAGCCUUGAAGAAUCGACUUAGUGAUUAUCUUCAUCAAAAUCUAAACUUAAGAUAUUUAGGCUUCUGUACAAAAAGUGUUUUGCUAAAUUUGUGGUGUAGAUAUAGAUUCUUUUUCCGUGUUGUUUUACCAAGAAUGUUGUAACUCUGCAUCUGUGUGUGGUACAGUUCAUGGUAGGGAUGGUACAGCUCACACAUUAGCUUUUCUACUUACCUCCUCUAACAAAUAUGGUUCGUCUAAAGAUUCUUAAAUUACAACUAUGGUCCCCAUUCAUGUGUGUGUUAGUGAUAUUUUUUUUUCCUUGCCUACCUAGUAAAAGCUCAAUCUAGUGCCAUUGCAUCCUGGAAAAUCUCAAAUCAUAAUGAUUAUAAAAUGGUAAAGUUCUAGGUCAUACGCAACACUACUUGGAGGGAUUGUUUUAUUAAAUUUAAUGCGAAAUUUGUAUAGUUUUAUUGAUUAUAUUUCAAAUGAGAAAUGGAAGUAGU